UGCAGUCCAUAUUGGGCUGCAGGUUGGACUGGGCACUGACUCUCCAUAUCUAGCAGAAACAUCCGGUCUAUUGCCUUCUUCGGAUCUGCCUUGCGUAAUGACUACCUCCACACCUGAUUUAUCGCAUGUGAUCCCACCACAAACGCUGACCAAACUCGUGCGGGAAUGGCUGGCCGAAGAUACCCCGAACUUUGACCCUGCUGGACUCUGUGUGGGAAGCCAGGAGGUCAGAGCUGUUCUUCUGUGCAAAACUCCAGGAAGCGUGCUAGCUGGCUGCCCCUUUUUCGGCGCGGUCUUCGCAGAGCUCGGCUGCAGCGUGGAAUGGCUGCGCUGCGAAGGACAUAAGUUUGGUUCGGAUGCAGUGACAAAAGCAGCAAUAGUGAAAGGCUCAGCAAGAUGUGUGUUGCUGGGAGAGAGACCUGCUCUCAACUGCCUGGCAAGGACUUCUGGCAUUGCCACUCGCUGUGGUCAAUUCACUGACUUGGCUAGGUCUGCGGGUUGGACGGGCCAGUUAGCAGGCACACGCAAAACCACUCCAGGCUUUCGACUGGUAGAGAAAUACGCGAUGCUCGUUGGCGGUGUGUCCACGCAUAGACAUGAUCUAAGUGGAAUGGUCAUGCUUAAAGAUAACCAUAUCUGGACAUCGGGAAGUAUUACACAGGCCCUAAAAAAUGCACGUUCAGUAUGCGGAUUCAGCAGUAAGAUUGAAGUGGAGUGUGGGAGCAAGGAGGAGGCGAGAGAAGCAGCUGCAGCAGGAGCUGAUAUUAUUAUGCUGGAUAAUUUUUCCCCUGAGACACUACACAGUGCGGCACUUUCACUGAAGCAAGAAUUUCCCUCUGUGCUCAUUGAAGGCAGUGGUGGAGUGACUCCACAGUCGCUUCCACUGUAUUUUUCCCCACAUGUCGACAUUCUCUCUCUUGGCUGCAUCACCCAGGGGUGUCCGACUGUGGAUUUUUCUCUCAAGAUUGAGAAAAAAGCGGUUGUUUGAAGAUCACAUAACCAUGGAGACAGUACUGAUUAAAUCGACAUCACUCAAAUGCAACACGUUUCCAGUCAGCUGUUUCUAAGUAUUUAUGUAUGUAUGCGCAACUCAUUAGUACUCAGAAGAGUUAAAGCUCAACAUGCAUCAACUGUCUUGUGUGUAAAAUACUACACAAGUACUACAAUAGUGUGUGGUCACUUACCAGUUCCAGAG